UUUGCCUUCAGUAAGGACAUCCGCUUCCGCAGCAGGGUUUAAACUGCACGCUGUGACGAGAAGAAUGGGGGUAUCUGGUAAAAUGGCUUCUUUUCGAUUACCCCCUCUCCCGACCAUUGGGGAAGUUAUCAAGCUGUACAAUCUCCGAGCACAGAAACAGCUCUCGCAGAAUUUCCUCCUGGAUUUAAGACUAACAGACAAGAUUGUCCGGCAAGCCGGGAAUGUGCGGAAUGGCUAUGUGUGUGAAGUGGGCCCGGGCCCUGGAGGGCUGACACGCUCCAUCCUCAAUGCUGGGGCUGCACAGCUCCUGCUGGUGGAGAAAGACACUCGCUUUCUUCCAGGGUUACAGCUGUUAGCUGAGGCUGCACCAGAGAAAGUAAAAAUUAUCCACGGUGACAUACUGACCUAUAAGAUGGAACGGGCUUUUCCACAGCAGCUUGCCAAGAAAUGGGACGAUGGGCCUCCCGAUGUGCACAUCAUUGGAAACCUGCCAUUCAGUGUGUCCACUCCCCUGAUCAUUAAAUGGCUGGAGAAUGUUGCUAAUCAGGACGGACCCUUUGUUUACGGCCGGACCCAGCUGACCCUGACGUUCCAGAAGGAAGUGGCAGAGAGGCUCACGGCAAGUACUGGCAGCAGACAGAGGAGUAGGCUGUCCAUCAUGGCACAGUACCUGUGCAACGUGAGGAGCUGCUUCACCAUUCCUGGACGGGCUUUUGUCCCCAAACCAGAGGUGGAUGUCGGGGUUGUGCACUUCACCCCACUUAUACAGCCGCAGAUCAACCAGCCGUUUAAGAUGGUGGAAAAAGUCGUGAGAAAUGUCUUCCAGUUUAGAAGAAAAUACUGUCGGAGAGGGAUUGAAAUGUUAUUUCCAGAAGCCCGGCGCUCAGAGCUUUCAGAACAGAUGUUAUUCACAGCUGACGUGGACCCAACCCUCCGUCCAACGGAACUGUCCAUUUCCCAUUUCAGAAACCUUGCUGAUGCUUACAGCAAACUGUGUGAGGAAGAUGCAGGUCUCUUCAGCUAUGAGUUCAGAGAUGAGCUGAGGCAGAAAAAGCAACAGAGGCGCGCUGGCUGCACGACAGAAGAGGAAGCAGAAAGAUAGACGUUAAAACAGGAAGAUAAUGGGUUCUGUAAAGCAUUUGCCACUUACUAACUUUGACAUUUCAUUGUGCUGCUGGCACAUAAAUAUU